ACCAUCUUCUUCUAUGUUUCUACUGAGUGUGUUCAAAGCCAGAUUUUGAGGAACCGUCUUUUCCAAUGGCCUUGAGCACCCAAAGAGCCUCUGCAUCUCUUUCGGUUGAAUCGGCUCCUCCUCUAUGGAAACAUGAUGUUUUUCUGAGUUUCAGGGGUGCAGACACUCGCAGGGGUUUUAUGUCUCAUUUAGACCACGAACUGCGGUACCGGCAAACAAUAAAAACUUUCAAGGACGACCGAGACCUUGUAAUAGGAGCAACUAUUUCUGCGGAGCUCUUGACCGCAAUCAAAGAAUCACAUCUUGCCAUCAUUGUUCUCUCCCCAAAUUACACUUCUUCCCCUUGGUGCUUGGAUGAACUCUCAAAGAUUCUUGAAUGCAUGGAAGACACCAAUAGAAUUCUGCCAAUCUUUUAUGACGUGGAUCCUUCCGAUGUACGGAACCAAAAGGGGAGCUUUGCGGAAGCCUUCACUAAGCAUGAAGAAAGGUUUAGUGAAGAAGCAGAGAAGGUGAAGCGGUGGAGAGCUGCUUUAAGAAAAGUUGCCAAUCUCUCUGGCUUAGAUUCAAAGAAUUAUAAGUGGGAAGCAGAUCUUAUCAAAGACACUGUCAAACGUGUGUGGAAGAAAGUGAAUCCUACAUUGACGUUGUUAGAUUCCCAAGAGAGAUUGGUUGGAAUUGAUUUUGCACUUGAUCAACUCCGCUUGCAAUUAGAUCUCGAGGCAAAUGAGGUUCGCUUUAUAGGGAUAUGGGGAAUGGGCGGGAUAGGCAAAACAACCCUUGCUAACCUUGUGUUUCAGAAAAUUUCCCAUCAUUUUGAACUUAAAUGUUUUCUAUCGAAUGUGAGAAAGAGGGAGGUUUCUGAUCUACAUAGACAACUUCUUUCCCAAAUCUUGGACCAAAGUAUUAAUCAUGUUUGUGAUGAAAGGGAGGGAACCGUUUUCAUUAAUAAAGUUUUAAGGAAUAAAAAGGUUCUUCUUGUACUUGAUGAUGUGGAUCAAUUACACCAACUAGAAAUACUGGCUAGAGAUAAAAUUUUGUUUGGUGUGGGAAGUAGAAUUAUCAUCACAACUAGAGAUAAACGUCUACUUGUUCAGCAUGGUACAACAACCUAUAAGGUAGAUGUAUUAAAGGAUGAUGACGCUCUUGAGCUCUUUUGGCGACAUGCCUUUAAGAAAGAUCAGCCUGAGGAAGGUUUUCAGGACCUGUCUCAGCAUUUCCUAUAUUAUGCUAAAGGCCUUCCAUUAGCUCUUAAAACUUUGGGGCGUGCUUUGUAUGGGAGAGAUCAAGAUGUGUGGAAGAGUGCGUUGUAUAAUCUAAACAAAAUUCCUGAACCCGAAAUUUUUGAUUCACUUAGAGUAAGUUAUUAUGGAUUAAAAGAGAUGGAGAAGAAAAUUUUUCUGCAUGUUGCGUGUCUCCAUAGAGGGAAGAAUAAAGAGCAAGUUAUUCAAAUACUAGACUGGAGCCUUAACAUUUCCAGUCUUAUUGAGAUAGAUAUUCUUAUUGAGAAAUCUCUCUUAACUAUUGAGAAACUCCACUUUUGUAGCAACGUUGUUGAGAUGCAUGAUUUGAUACAAGAAAUGGCAUGGAAAAUUGUUUGUGAAGAGUCUCCCGAGCCUGGUAAACGCAGUCUUUUGUGGCAUCACAAUGACAUUUCUCAUGUAUUCAUGAACAAUACGGGUACGGAAGCAAUUGAAGGUAUAGUCGUACGUCUGCCCCAAUUACAAGAGGUGCACUGGAAUUGUGUUGAAGCCUUCUCUAAGAUGCUCAGAUUAACUGUUCUUGAAUUCGAUAAUAUUGUAAUUUCUUUGGCUCCUAAAGAUCUUCCAAAUUCCUUAAUAAUUAUCCGUUGGAGUUGGUAUCCUUCCAAGUCCCUCCCGCCAAGUUUUGAACCACGUUUCCUCAUUAAACUUGAGAUGCUUCAUAGCAAACUUGUCCGGCUUUGGGAUGGAGAAAAGGAUUUCCCCAAGUUGAAAUACAUGGAUCUUAGUUACUCUGAAAAAUUGACGAGUAUCCCAGAUUUCAAAGGCAUUCCGAAUCUUGAGGAAUUGAAUCUGGUUGGUUGUACGAAUUUAGUUGGGGUUCACUUGUCUAUUGCAGUUCACAAAAAGCUAAAAGUUUUAAGACUCAGGGACUCUAAAAGUAUUAAGAGUCUCCCAAGUGAGUUGAAAAUGGAUUCUCUCGAAUCAUUGAGUCUUUGGGGCUGCUCAAAAGUGAAAAAGAUUCCAGAAUUUGGGAAACAGAUGACAAAAUUGUUUCAGCUUAUUUUAUGCGAGACUGCUAUUGAGCAAAUACCUUCAUCAAUUGAACAUCUAGUUGGCCUUGUUGAAUUGCAUUUAAGUGAUUGCAAAAGACUCUUGGGUCUACCGAGUGCGAUAUGCAAUUUGAAGUCUCUUAAAAUCCUCUGGGCUCUAAGUUGCUCAAAACUUGACAAACUGCCAGGGGACAUGGAGUCUUUAGAGGAGCUUUAUUUAGACGGAAGUGCUAUGAGAGAGCCGCUUGUUGUUAUGAAAAACCUCAAACAUCUAAACUUUCGUGGAUCAUCAAGGGAUGGUAUUGGCAUUGGCACUGGGUGGGGCCUUGACCGUUUAUUUGGAAAUAGAAAGAGUCAUCCUGACCCUAAACCUGACCCCUGGGGUUUGGUGUUGUCUUCUCUAAAUCAUUUAUGCUCUUUGACUGAAUUAGAUCUCAGUGACUGUAAUAUUGGUGAAGGUGCCAUCCCCGAUAAUAUUGGCUACUUCUCUUCUUUAGAAUAUUUACAACUUAAUGGAAACAAUUUCGUGCAAAAGGCUUGA